AGAACAAGUUCUUAAAUUCGUUCCGUCAAAAUCCGUCAGCAAAACAGAACGAGUAUUAGCAAAACUUGAACGUUUGACCAGGAAAGAUGACAAAGUGUUGAACUACAAAAUGGGUGAAUAUUUGGCCAGUUGGACUGACUUCGAGCAAUUUGUUCAACAGGUGGAGAAAUGGUAUGUCAAAAAUUCCAAACGUUAUAUGCGCUACAUGUCUCAAUAUGCAAGGGAUGUAAUCUCGGAAGUUGAAUUCAAGAUGGCGAUGCGUGAUCUACAAGUUCCUUUCUCCGAUGUCCAGACGCAUAUAUUGUACACGUGGUUGGACCCACAACGAACUGGAAAAGUGGAGUUUGCAAGGUUUUACGAAGCUCUGUACCGUGCCUUGUACAGACAGUUUGCAAUAGAGGAUGAGCAGAGAUCCAUGAAUCUUGAGUACCAAAACAAAUGGAUUCGAAUGGUUUUCAAAUCGCCUACAUGUGACCCAGUAGAAAUGCCCACAACUUUCGAGGCUUUAAUAAACUUGGGCUAUACUGGAUGCAUGUUGGCUGAGUUAAUUAAGACCCGCCUACCCGCACUUGUUGCCAGAAAUAUUGUGGUCUUCACGGAUCCAGCUCGGUACGCAGAGACACUUGUGCAUACCAACCAGAAACUAUAUGAAUUUGAUUACACUGGUGGGCCCAAGUGUGCUCCAAAGGAAGGGACGAUUUUCUAUGAAUUUUCAAUGGGUCAUAUCGAUUGUCCUCUUCUGAGCAAUCUCCGGUCUAAGGAGAGUGAACGCCACAAAGAGGCUGACCUCCUGGGAAAGCAUGACGCGAUAUCUCCUGCCGUGAAGGAACAAACAUCCAGUAACUAGCCAACAGCUUUCAAAGACAGUAUCUGCUAAAUUUGAGUUUAUAUCACUUAUUUUCUAUUGGAACAUCACUGUCAUGUGAUCAGAAUUGGAAAUACAUGACGCGAUAAACGUUUUGCAUUUCAUGGCACACAGAAAUGGUGUCAAAUAAGUACAAUUUGCCGCUCCGAUUUUACUGUAGGGUCAAAUGAACUAUUUUGUCGAAUAACUGCAAGCCUUUCGCUACAAUAACGGACGAAAAAGCACGUCAUAUGACGACACCUAACAAGAGUCGUUUUGUUGGCCAAAAUUGGAUUAGUGUUUGUUUACCUUGAAUCCGUCAACAGCAUACACUACCAUUAUUUCCAUACUUUUGUAUACUGUCGUUGCUUUCAAAAAGGUGUCCUGCUUCUUAUUAGUCUCCCUUUAGAAAGCCGCCACGUAGUCUGGAACAUACGUUGCGUUUGCACCGCUACGACUGUAUCGCAUUCAACUCACUUCAUAGCCUCGGACACCCAAUUUUUAACAUAACAUUUCUCUUCAAAACAAUCGACAAAUCCUGAUUACGACACUCAGAUUGGCAUGUACAUACGUUUUGCGCUUGUCGUGGUUGGUUCAAUGUUUUUGCUAUUAACGUUUCCAUGAGGAUCCGCAUACUGUGAAAAUCUGAUGUACACUAUUGUUUUGCUUAUAUUGUCGGUGUGACUGGCAGACUGAAUGCGCUGACUUCUCUAAUACAAAUGGAUGUGCGGCGUGAAGGUUGACUGUGACAUAUUGG